AUGCGGACGGUUCCCAAUGUUUUCGUCCUCAAUUUAGCUCUGGCGGACGCUUCGUAUUGUUUGUCCAUCACGUUUGACACAGUUGCUCAGAUACACGACAGCGGAUGGAUAUUUGGGCGAGACAUGUGCGUUGCCGGCUACGUCAUGAGCUACGGCAGUUCGCAUUGCAGCGUGUUCUUUCUAACCGCCAUCAGUUUCGAACGGUACAAGGCUAUCACUGACCCUAUCGCACAGCAAGGUGUUUGCAUGAAGAAGGCUUGGAUCACGUGUGCUGCUAUUAAUACGCUACUGCUGGAGUUCAAGUUGGUGACUCAUAUUCCUGAUGCUCUGUUUGAACUUGGUUUGCUUCUGUAUGUCACCAACUCGGCGAUAAACCCCGUCUUUUAUGCGUUACUAGGAGAGAGUGAUUGCACCAUGGGAACCAGGCCUAGCGACGAGACUGCUCUCCUGAUAGACCACCAUGAGAACAGCAUCUCCGGCUAUAACAGCACCCGGAGUACCGUGGGCAGUACCCGGAUGUUAGCGGCUGCACGCAUGCGCAGGAGAUCCACCAUCAUAGUAGAGAAGCGGCUCCAGCUCACGUGGGAAAACCUGCACGUGUACGUCAACUCUGAAAACAAGGGGUGCUGUGGUGGAGGGAAAGAUAAAGCAACUCCCGUCACUACGCAUAUACUGAAAGGGGUGAGCGGAAUUGUGAAAGCUGGGAAUCUACUCGCCAUUAUGGGAGCAAGUGGUGCUGGGAAAACAACUCUGCUGAACACACUGACUCAUCGGAACUGCAGUCAGUUUGACAUAGAGGGCGCUGUCAAGGUAAACGGACAACCUUUUUCUCGAAACAUCAGCAGCAUGUCGGCUUACAUUCAGCAGAACGAUCUCUUCGUCGGAAUCCUCACUGUCCGGGAGCACCUCAUUUUCCAGGCGUCCCUCCGUAUGGACAAGCACAUUACAAGGGAGAACCGGAUGGAGCUUGUGGAUGAAGUCAUCAACGAGAUGGGCCUUUCUAAGUGUGCCGACACCAGGAUCGGAACGCCCGGAAGGACCACAGGGAUCUCAGGAGGAGAGAGGAAGAGGCUGGCCUUUGCUUCUGAGUUGCUGACCAACCCGUCGCUGAUGUUUUGUGACGAGCCGACGUCAGGGCUGGACUCCUCCAUGACCCAUAACGUGGUGCGGUGUCUACAGCAGCUGGCGAUCAAGGGCAGGACUGUCGUCUGCACCAUCCACCAACCGCCAUCGGAAGUCUUCACCAUGUUCGACCAGAUCUUACUCCUUGCCGAGGGUCGUGUCGCUUACAUGGGACCAACGUCAGGCGCCGUAAGCUUCUUCCAAAGCGCUGGAUACAGCUGCCCAACGAACUAUAACCCUGCUGACUUCUACAUCUACACGUUGGCCAUAGAACCUGGGAACGAAGGGGAUUGUAAGGCAAAAGUCAAGGACAUUUGUGACCGGUACGAACAGUCUGAUCAUUGCACUGCCAUCAACAAUCAGAUCAACCAUGCAGAUGGGACUGCGGGGCUAGGCCUGCUGGAGGAUCGGUCUGGGGGAUCACCGUACAAAGCAUCGUGGUUCCAGCAGUUUGCGGUGAUGAUGUGGCGAUGUCAUCUGACUACCGUCCGGGACCCCAUGCUCUUCACUGGAAAAUUAAUGCAGGCACUUAUCGUUUCCCUGUUGGUAGGUCUGGUGUACCUGCAGACAAAGUACGACCAAGCGGGCAUUCAAAACUUCAAUGGCGUCCUUUUCCUCAUGACGGUACAAAACUCCAUGCCUAACAUGAUGGCAGUGGUGCAGACGUUCCCGCUUGAGGUGGGCAUCUUCAAACGUGAACAUGGCGACGGCAUGUACAGGACAGAUGUCUACUUCAUCUGCAAGGUUCUAGCUCAGAUACCAGCCACGACCGUCGUCGCCUUCGUUUAUACGACUAUUACCUACUGGAUGGUGGGAUUGUAUCCUGGUUGGAAACAGUACCUGAUCGCUGUUGCUACCAUGAUUCUCAUAGCGAACGUCGCCAUGUCUUUCGGUUUCAUCGUCUCCACUUCCACGUCGAGUCUAGAGAUGGCGGUAUCUACGGCAAACCUCCCCCUCGUCCCUCUCGUCCUGUUCGGAGGUUUCUUCCUGAACACCCAGUCGGUUCCCGUGUAUUUCAUCUGGCUGGAGUACCUGUCCUGGUUCAAGUACUCGAACGAAGUCCUGACCGUUAACCAGUGGCGGGACGUUACAAACAUAACAUGCCCUGUUUCUGACGGUGCUUGCGUUGGUACAGGAAUGGAAGUCCUCCAAGCUUUGAAGUACAGUGAGGAUAACGUCAUAGUUGACAUCUGCGCGAUGCUGGGACUGAUGGGGAGUUUCCUCCUGCUGGCGUUCGUCUUCCUCCUCAUCCGGUCGUACAAGUCCGAGUCGUAAGGAUCCCAGGACAACCAGUGCCUAUUGUUAUACACACACUAUUGACAUCUAGUCUCCAAGCAGA